AUGCUUGUAACACUCCUUCCCAAUUUCAAUUCCCAUUUGCAUCAUCUCUCUUCUUAUGUGUUCCAUUCCUUCUUCUUGUCUCAUAUUUAUUUUCUUCCUUUUUUUUUUUUUUACUCAUUCAUCUUAUCUUUCAAUAUCAUUCUUCUAACUCUCUUUCCCACUUUUAAUUCUCCUUCGGAUUACCUCCCUUCUUCAUCGUUUUAUUCCGUUUUCUUUAUCCAUAUUCAUUUUUCUGUUCUUUUCUGCUUUCUUUUUCUUCUUAUAAUCCGUUUAUUUCUUCCUUUUCUUUUACCCUUUCAUUUCUCUUUUUCUAUUUUCCAUCUGUUUCUUUCUUUCUUUCUUUUUCUUCUGUUUUUCUCGUUCGUUUCUUUAAUGUUUCUUUCUUUACCUCCUUAUUUUCUUCCUUUUUAUUUACUCAUUCAUCAUCUUUCAAUAUCAUUCUCCUUACUCUCUUUCCCACUUUUAAUUCUUCUUCGCAUUACCUACUUUCUUCAACGUCUCAUUCCAUUUCCUUCGUUCAUAUUUAUUUUCAUUCUUUUUAUUUAUUCUUCUUUCAAUAUCAUUCUUCUAACUCUCCUUCUCACUUCUAGUUCUCCUUCACAUCAUCUCCCAUUUCCUUCUCCAUUUCUUCUUCUUCUUCAAUUUUUCUCGUUCGUUUCUUUCAUGCUUCUGUCUUUACCUCCUUUGCUUUCUUCAUUUUCCUUGUUUUUAAGUCGACUUUCAAUUCAUUUGGGUUUUUUUUUCGCUAAUCUCCACCACGUUCGUUACUAA